UCCUACACCUUACAUAAGAUGAUGAUUGGCUAGGAGGAGUUAAAGCCCGGCGUGUGAUUGGCUGCAGAAGUUAAAGCGCGGAAUGUGAUUGGCUGAGCAGCCCACAGGAGGCUCCCUGUAAGGCGGGGCUUCGCCGUGUUUUCAAGACGAGUCGGUCGGACCGUACAGACAGGAGAACAGCAGCCAGCAUGGCUAGAAAACGAACCGAUCUGUAUGUCUGGGAAAAGCUGCAGAUUCUGGACGAGCUGAGGAACGGCAAGACGCAGAUGCAAAUCGUGCGAGAGCGGGGGAUCAAACAGUCUUCCCUCGCCACGCUGAAACGCAACGAGGAGAAGAUCCGACAGCAAGCGGCUUCCAGCGAGCACCCGCAGCAGCGGCGCUUCAAGCCAGCCUCCCCGGAGACAGUGGACAGCGCGCUGUGGAAGUGGUGCCGGUUCACCAGACCAGCUGACGCGCCGGUAUCCGACCAGGCAUUGCUCCGACAGGCCGAGGCAAUUGCCCAGCGCCUCGGGAUCCGAAACUUUGACUCUUCCAACGCUUGGCUGCAGAGAUGGAAACUUUGCCACGGAAUCGAAGACAUCUCAAGCAAGCGGGCGGCAGUUGCGCACGAAACUCAGCUGAGCGCACAGCCGAGUCAAGCAGAGGCCGGGCUGCAACAACACACCCACGAGUCCCGCCCUGAAACAUCCGAACCGAGCGGCGCCCGUUCCGUGCAGCAGCUGGACGCCUGUAAUCCGAGCUCUGCAGACUGGAGCUCGGCAGCGAGUGACGAUAGCACCCAGCACCCCUCCCCGUCUCUGCUCCCCACAACUGCCGAGGCGCAGAGGGCGCUGGAGCUGUUGCACCGCUUCCUGGAAAUGCACGGCAGGAGAACCGAGGACUUGCGGGACGUGGCGCAAGCGAUCAACGAAGUGGCGCGAGAGCAGCGCCUGCAGAUGCAGUGCACUGUUGCAGGGCUGAGAAGCUUUCAGGAGGGCGUGAAGCUGGAUUCCGUUGCUGCCCCUCGUGUUGGGAGCUGUUGGGGUGCCUCUCCCCCUAAUCCUGCCCCCCUGUCUGCAGUGAAGGAGGAGCCGACUGGGUGUGACUGGACCGCAGGGCACUGCCAUGUCGAGGGCCCAUUUGUUUCAGAUUUGCUGGAAGACGUUGACACCGACACCCAUCUCGCACUCCCUGAUCCAGGACCAAACACAGUGGAAACACAGACUGAGGGCUGUGCGCCGCAUUCUGCACCACAAGACUCCCACACUGAGCCUGGCAAGCUGGCGGAAGAGAAGAUGAACAGCCAGCCUGGUGAUAAGUGGCUGGCAAUAGAAUACGAGAAACUGCAGCUGAAGAGAGCCAAACUGGAGCUCCUGAGAGAGCAGGUGGACUUGGGGAGAAGCCAGUCACAGACCCUGAAAGAUAUUUUAACAGCAUUGAAAUAGGUUCCCCAGCCUGCUGCCUGCAUUGGAUCAAGAGGUCCCCUGGACCAAAAGCAAGUGGGGAGGGGGAGUGAUUUUCUGGGGUGUCCUUUGCUGAGUUUGAGCACCACUGGUCUAAAUGACCCCUCAUACACCACAGUGAACUCUGUGGGUCUCAAGGACUACUCGCCAAUACAACAGGGGUGUGCCCGGACCGUUCUGCUGGCACUCCAACAUGUUCUAGAAUGAUGAUGAUGUCAUGACUCCCAUUCACAGAGUCUGCACCACAUUCCGAAAGCCGAGGAUUCAUCAUUAGCCAUCAACUCAGAUAGAUUUAGAAAAGGUGUUUCACCAAAGCUGGUCUUCCCAGCCUCAGAGAAAUCAUUUCUGUGUACUGUUUAAAUUCAAGUGAUUUGGUUUAUUCAUUCGACAUUUAAACAAGCACACGUUCAAACACAAAAAUCACAAUUUUUUUAUUUAUUUAUAUUUUUUUGUGGAAUUUUUUUUUUUUUUUUUUAAAUCAAAAAAAAAAAAAAUCUGCCAUCCCAAUAAAAUCAUCAACCAGCCGCA